CAGCACGGGAUGGAUCGACUUAGCACGGCUCGAAUUCCACCCUCCGCCGUGCAUUAGUUUGUUUUCCUGCAGCAGGAGAAGUUGGGUCGCUUCGACGCGCACAAGGAGCUUCUCUCUGUUGGAUUACCGCCGCGCGCGAGGAUCUAAAUCAAUGAAUUCAUGCAGGUAACAUUUCCACCGGUGUGAAACAGGAAGUGCCGUCUGUGAGCAGCCAUGGGUCGAGGAGCUGUUCUUCUGCUCAGUGGGCUCCUGCUGCUGAUGCUGACAGCUUCACGCACUCUUCUCGCAGUCAGCUUCCCGGAGGACACCGUGCCGCUGGACGUCGUCGACGCACACUUUACUCGGAGGUACCCCGUGUUCAGAGGAAAGCUCUCGGGCAACGAGUCGCAGCACCGCCUCGACUUUCAGCUGAUGACCAAGAUCCAGGACACACUGUUCAUCGCUGGCAGAGAUCAGGUGUACCUCGUCAGUCUGAGAGAAUCCUACAGGAACGAGAUCAUUCCUUACCGGAAGUUAACGUGGCGCUCGGGCCAAGCUGACCGAGAGAUGUGUGCGGUGAAAGGAAAACACAGAGACGAGUGUCACAACUUCAUCAAGGUUCUGGUUCCCAGAAACGAUGACCUGGUGUUCAUCUGCGGCACCAACGGCUUCAACCCCAUGUGCCGGUACUACCGGUUGGAUAACCUUGAGUUUGAUGGGGAGGAGAUCAACGGUCUGGCACGGUGCCCGUUUGACUCCAAGCAAACCAACGUGGCCCUCUUCGCUGAAGGGAAGCUGUAUUCUGCUACUGUGGCUGACUUCCAGGCCAGCGACUCCGUCAUCUAUCGUAGUCUGGGCGACGGCUCGGCCCUGAGGACCAUCAAGUACGACUCCAAGUGGCUGAAAGAACCUCAUUUCCUGCAUGCAGCAGAGUACGGGAAUUAUGUGUACUUCUUCUACCGAGAGAUUGCAGUGGAACACAGCAAUCUGGGGAAGGUGGUGUACUCCCGAGUGGCUCGGAUCUGUAAGAAUGACGUGGGCGGGUCACAGCGGGUCCUGGAGAAACACUGGACGUCUUUUGUGAAGGCGAGGCUGAACUGCUCCGUGCCGGGGGAGUCCUUCUUCUACUUUGACGUGCUUCAGUCCAUCACUGACAUCAUCGACAUCAACGGGGUUCCCUCGGUGGUGGGCGUGUUCACGACCCAGAUGAACAGCAUCCCGGGGUCUGCGGUGUGUGCCUUCUCCAUGGCUCACAUAGAAAAGGUCUUCUCAGGCCGGUUCAAGGAGCAGAAGACCCCCGACUCUGUGUGGACUCCGUUUCCAGAAGAGAAGCUGCCCAAACCUCGGCCCGGGAGCUGCGCGGGUCAUGGUCCGGCAGCGUCCUUUAAGAGCUCCGUGGAGUUUCCAGAUGACACGCUGCAGUUCAUCAAGUCCCACCCCCUGAUGGACACAGCAGUGCCGUCCAUCGGGGACGAGCCUUGGUUCACCAGGACGCGCGUCCGCUACAGGCUAACGGCGCUAGCUGUGGACAACCAAGCAGGACCCCAUAAGAACCACACGGUGGUCUUCAUUGGGUCAGAGUCCGGGGUCGUUCUCAAGGUUCUAGCCAAGACCUCCUCGGUGUCCAUGGACGACAGCCUGCUCCUGGAGGAGAUAGACAUCUUCAACAGAGCCAAGUGCCUGUCCAGCCGUGAGGACGAUAAGCGUGUCCUCUCCCUGCACGUGGACAAAGACGCUCACAGCCUUUAUGUCGCCUUUUCUAGCUGCGUCAUCCGGAUACCCCUGAGUCGCUGUGAGAGGCACUCUUCCUGCCACAAGUCCUGCGUCGCCUCCAGAGAUCCGUACUGUGGCUGGAGGCCUCACGGAGCAUGUGAGAGGAUCCAGCCUGGAGUUCUGACCGGGUACGAGCAGGACGUGGAACUUGGAAACACGGUCCACCUCGGAGACUGUCAAGCGUUUUUGGGCACUACUUCAGCUCCAGAUUACAAAUCAUUUGGCGACCCGACCUCUGACAUGGAGUUUCCAUCAGCACCAGUCCCUGUCCAGCCCAGUGAGCCCGUACAACCCCCAGUACUCAUACCGAGUCAGAACCCCAGCCCCGAGCCCACUCCAGAGCUCUACGGCUCGGGCUUUGCUCUGCAGGACGACCCGGCCACCUCCCACUCUUUAAACUCUGUGCCGGGGGGGCGAGAGGGUAUUUGGGAUAAUCAUACAGGUGACAGCGACCAGAUGGUCCACAUGAACAUCCUCAUCACCUGCGUCUUUGCUGCUUUUCUCAUGGGCGCUCUGCUGGCCGGACUGAUUGUGUUCUGCUACAGAGACUCUUUCCUCCGCAAACCCAAACAUGUCCACAAGGACGCAGAGUCAGCGCCGUCUUGCUCCGACUCUACCGGGAGUUUUGUGAAGCUCAACGGCCUCUUUGACAGCCCUGUAAAGGAGUACCAAGCCAACAUCGACUCUCCCAAGCUGUACACCAACCUGCUGACGAACGGUAAAGACCUGAACACGCCCAAUGGUGACAUCAAGACCAUGAUCAUGAGGGACAGCUGUCAGCCCCCAGAGCUGGCUGCUCUGCCCACACCCGAGUCCACCCCUGUUCUCCAGCAGAAAGGCCUGCAGCCCAUCAAGAACCAGUGGGAGAAGGCCCAUGGGAAGGUCAGCGGGUCCCGUAAAGAGUCCAACUCAUCAGCCAAGAGUCCACAGUUUCUCUCAUCUCCUUCUCCCGUUAAUGGAAAUUCCCACCAUCCCCACCCUGCCCUAGGACACUCAAAUAUUCCAAGUGCGGUCGUUCUGCCCAACGCUACUCAUGACCACCCGAACCUCGAGGACGAAGAUGAGACUUUGCCUCAUUCAUCUGAAAAGAUAAAGAACCCGGACACUAAAGGGAGUAAAAAAGAUCAAAAGCGAGCAGUGGAUGCUAGGAACACGUUGAAUGAUCUUUUAAAACAUCUUAAUGACUCUGUGGCCAACCCCAAGGCCAUUCUUCAAGAAGGUUCAGGGCCCCGCCCGAGACCACAGCUCACACUGGAGCCCAUGGAAGAACUGACUGAAAUACCCCCCAAGGUGCCCAGUCGAGAGGCUUCGCUGUACUCUCCUUCCUCCUCCUUACCAAGACACAGCCCUACCAAACGAGUUGAUGUUCCCAUGCCUUCCUCCCCCACCACCCCAACAGGAAGCUUGAGCAUGGGGGGCACCUUAGAGAGGCAAAGAGGGGGUUACCAGCUCCACCGGAGUGCCUCUCACAGGCAGUCCUUAUCCACUUCAACAAAUGGGGUAACUAUGGGGGUGUCUGUAUCUCGCCAGCACAGUAUGAACAGAGGUGGUUACAUGCCCCCAACACCUCCCUCCAGACUGGACUCCCACUGUGCGGUGAUGGCAUCAGGAAUGCACUCACCCAACCAAUCUUCUGUGUCCCGACAGAGCAGCUACAGCGGGCACGGGUCGCUCCCUCGCACGGGGCUCAAAAGGACUCCAUCCAUAAAACCAGACGUGCCCCCUAAACCCAACGGGUUUCCUCCACAGACUCCACAGAUGCGAGUAGUCAACAAGUACAGUUACUAAACCACCGUGGGCACACUUACCUGUGAGCUCUUGGUUCAUAGAGCUUUGCACUCUGAAGGGCUUGGGGUGUAUGGAUGAAAUCAGGCCUGGUUUGUGAUUGUGUAUCAACUUGAGAUGUUCUACCUUCUUAAAUGAUG